UGCGAAGGAAGGGAACCGGGCUCUCAGCAAACGCUUUGUGCUGACAUGGUCCGUCUGUCUAGCCUCCCCAUGCACAGAGCUGGCCCCCUUUGACUGGUAGAUUGACUUGGGUUGAAUCCAUAACUGACCCACAGGGAAUUCCAUAGAGAUUGCUGGAGGAGAUCUUAGGGCAGACGACUCACAGAGACGUUUUUAAAUUGCCCGUUGCAUCGCUGACAUUGGAGGACAGCUGUCACUCUGAUCCACUGCUGAAGUUCACACUGAAUUGCACUGGAGAGAUCUCUGCCAUGGUUGCAACAAGACCGCUCGGGGUUUGGAGCCUGCUGCUAGGGCUGAGUCUUCUCAUACCCGCCCAGAGCAAGGAAAACGAAUCGCUGGGCAAUGCCACUGUGACACCAACCCCAGAACACCAUGGAGAUCAGUCCCCAAACCCAGACUUUUGCGACUUCACAUUUCACAUCCCCUGGUCUGGGAGCUUUUGCACGCCAACGGGCCAGGCAACCGCCACACCAGCCUCUCAGGAAGAGCUGGACCAUCUCAAGAUCUUGUUGGAGGACAUUGGAGGCAACCUGAAGAGCCUCCAGGAAGCUGCAGCUCUGGAGGCCGGCCAGUCCAGGUACCAGGACAUCGUUUCCCAAGCCCUUCCGGAUGUGCGAGAGGCCAACGGGGCGUUCCAUGAGAUCCUUGGGAAGUUCCUGCAGGAGUUGGAGGAACACAUCCAUGCAGAUGAUCAUCUGCAUGCAGAGGACGAGAAAAAGAAGUUAAACGAACACUUGCGGGGAAUGGACAGGAUGCUGCGGGUCACCAGCCACCUGGCCGAGCAGCUGGACCAAGCAUCCCAGGACCUCUUGGUGAAGAUGACCAGCCUUUCGGAGAAACCAGACACCCUGUUAGGAGGAAGCAACCUGAAGCCAUCUUAGCCGAGCAUCCCGUUCUCUGUCUGCAGAAGCAUUAAAAGAAAGG